AUGAUAGGAGCAACAACAAGGUGUAAGGAAGUUUUUUCUACGUGGGUUUUGGCUGGCUGUGGUGGUUAUGCAUUUGAGCUUUUCAUGAAAGUUGUAGAGAGAGUCGUUUUUGCAGAAUUCACAUGCAUUCUGGCACUAGGAGGGUCCAUAAUGGGAAUAAUUGCAGGAGCAAUCAAAGGGCAAACCACAGAAGCUGGUUUUCUAGAUGGGGCUGGGAAAGGAGCUGUGACAGGAGCCAUUGCAGCACUACAAUUGCUAAAUUUUUCUGCUGUUAAUGAUUCAAUGUCAAAGGUUGACCUGCUGAGGAGUUUGUUAAAUGGAGAGGUAUUUAUGGAAUGGAUAUGUCCAGCUGUUGCACAAGCCUAUCAGUGUCAUAUGAAUGCACAAGGAACAACUUAUACACAACUAUCAGAUAUUUAUUAUGACAUUACCAGGGGAGUCAACAUCAAAGGGAUUGCCCAUAAUAUUAUUCAAAAGCUUCCCGUUCAUCAAUUCAAUUCCACCAAAAUGUUGAAACUAUACAAUGAAUCAUGCUGCUCAAUUUGCUUUCAAGAUUUCGAGGAUGGAGAAUUUAUCAGAAUACUUCCAAAUUGUGGCCACUUUUUUCACUUAGUGUGCAUAGACAAAUGGCUAGUUCAACAAGGAUCAUGUCCCAUGUGUAGAACUUAUGUUCCAUAUUUAUGA